CACCUCAUCAAGCGGCUCGGUCUGUGUCGGUCACCAAAGUUUGCAUGUCGACUUUUAAAUCUUCUCUUUGUGCACGUCUGCAGACUACAGUUUACCGUUUACUACAUUGCAUUUAUAAUUCAGAAUGACCCCCGUGCCGAAUGCUCCACGUUUCAAAUCCAAGUUUAUAACGGCUGAGCUGGCUCGCCUGUUCAGCCAGUCAGACACUGAGGAGGAGUUUGAAGGCUUCAGUGAGGAUGAAGAGGAUCGAUUGAGCUUUAACAGGAAUAAAAAUGUAGUGGAUUCAGAGGGCAGUGAUGUGGACACCGGCUUCUAUUCUGAUGGAGAGGACGCCUCCCCACUAAAGAGGAGGAGUCUCUUAGUUGCUUUAAGGUUUCCAAUGAAAAGAGCAUCUUCUCGCCAGCAAACACUGCGAGGGGAAAAAUGUAAAACAACAGUUAAAGGCGACACACCAUCCCGUAGAGGCAGAGGAAGACAAGCGGGGCAUGAAAAACAGGACAAGGAUGAAGAGGAGGAGGCAAGAAAGGAAAAGGCGGACGCGCUGUCUCAAAGUCUGAACAAACGAAAAAAGAACAUCCAGGAAAACAAAGCUAUGCUGGCCAAGCUGUUUGCUGAUCUGAGCUCCAUGGCUGACCUCACACUGCCCAGCCCCAAACAGAAGAAAAAGCGGACGCCGCAGAAAACAUCGCCACAGAAACGCAGGCUGGACCCAGACGUCGGGUCGGGGAGGAGGAACCCGUCCCGCAAGGCCCGUCCUCCUGAGAACUUUGCUGUCGAGGAAAAGAGCGAACCGGUUCUUCGCAGAAGCCACAGGGAUGUAGACAUCAAGAGGUUGAUAGAGGUGGAUGAGGAUCACGUCGGUGUCAAGCGGAGAAAGAUCAUGGGCCAGUUUUCCAGGAAGAGUGCGUACGUUGUGAAGUCCGUUGAUGAGAUCACCAAAGAGGAUCUGGACAACAUCGCGUUCCGCAGCAAAGAUAAGAUCUGGGACAAAGAGAACGGCAGCUCGUGCCACCAGUGCAGACAAAAGACUCUGGACACCAAAACAGUGUGUCGCAGUGGUUUCUGUGUGGGGGGCAAAGGUCAGUUCUGUGGACCGUGCCUAAAGAACAGAUACGGAGAGGACGUGGGCUCUGUGCUGCUCAACCCGACGUGGUCGUGUCCCAUCUGCAGAGGAGUGUGCAAUUGCAGUCUGUGUCGAAAGAAGGAAGGCCGCUGUGCCACGGGUAUCCUUGUGGGUCUCGCCCGUUACAAUGGCCACGACAACGUCCACAAGUAUUUGCAAAGUAUUCAGAAGGAGCUGGAGUGAUGUGGAGUGGAUUCUGGUUUGAAUGCACAUAGGAGCAUUAGAUCAAACCCUUUUUUCACACUUUAAAAAAAGUCACUGUAAAGUACAGCACCUUUACUUUUUUUUUUUUUUUUUACUUGUUCAUUUUGUAAAGCCCCAUAGGAGGUUAAGAUGCUUUUAUUGUUUUAAACUUUUGAGUUGUACAUUUCCAUAUUUUCUAGGACUAAUAUUUUGUCUGAUUGUUGUGUUUUGGGUAAAAGCUGCAAAAGUGGAAUCUUUAUAAACAAGAUACUUUUAAAAGUUGAAAAUCUUUGCCCCACUGUUAAUAAAGUAUUUGGUUGAACUA